UAGGUUGUCCAGUUAAUGUGUCAUCUUUUCUCUUCCAGAAAAGAGGGUUUGGCAAAGUGCGGUCGUUGUAAACUGGCAUUCUAUUGUGAUGUAACCUGCCAGAAAGCCGACUGGCCAAUGCACAAACUGGAAUGCUCUUCUAUGAGCAAAUUUGGACAGAACUGGAACCCCUCUGAGACGGUCAGGCUGGUGGCAAGAAUUCUGGUCAAACAGAAAAUGCACCCAGAGAAAACUCCUUCAGAGGAGUUACUAGCUGUUAGUGAAUUUGAGUCACACCUUGAUAAAUUGGAUAAUGAGAAAAGAGAGCUAAUUGAGAGCGACAUUGCUGCCCUUCAUCAUUUCUACGGCAAGCAUCUUGACUUUCCUGACCAGGCUGCCUUGAUUGAACUCUUUGCUAAGGUUAACUGUAAUGGUUUCACAAUUGAGGAUGAAGAGCUUUCUCACUUGGGUUCUGCUAUCUUUCCAAGUGUCGCCUUGAUGAAUCAUAGCUGCUGUCCAAAUGUGAUUGUAACCUACAAGGGUACAACAGCAGAAGUCCGAGCGGUGAAGGAGAUCCGUGCUGGGGAAGAGAUUUUCACUAGUUAUAUUGAUCUUCUAUAUCCAACUGAAGAUCGACAGGAUCGAUUGCGGGAUUCCUAUUUCUUCACUUGUGACUGCACAGAAUGUGCAACAAAAGCAAAGGAUAAAGAAAAGUUGGAGAUUACAAAGUAUGGUGAGCCGCCAAAGCCAGAGGUCAUCAAGGACAUGAUUAAAUAUGCUCGGAAUAUAAUUGAGGAAUUCAGGAGAGCAAAGCAUUACAAAACCCCUAGUGAACUGCUGGAGAUCUGUGAGUUAAGUCUGGAUAAGAUGGGCUCCACCUUUGAGGAUAACAAUGUCUACAUGCUGCAUAUGAUGUACCAGGCCAUGGGAGUCUGCCUGUAUAUGCAAGACUGGGAGGGAGCCUUACGCUAUGGUCAAAAACUAAUCAAACCUUACAGCAGCAAACACUAUCCAGCAUAUUCUCUGAAUGUUGCUUCAAUGUGGCUGAAACUAGGACGGUUAUAUAUGGGCCUGGAACACCAUUCUGCUGGCGCUAAGGCACUGAGGAAGGCAUUGACCAUUAUGGAAGUGGCACAUGGCAAAGAUCAUCCAUAUGUUCUUGAAAUUCAGAAAGAGCUGGAGGGAAAAUGAAUGUUUUCAUUUGUUGCUUCAAUUCCUUGCAAUCACAAUGUGAGACUGUGUCUGUUUGUAUGCUGGUAUCUGUCAACAAACUAAUCUCUAAAAAGAUUGGUUGGCAUGGAUAUGAAAUCUGAAAAUAAUAGCAUAAAUAUCAAAGGAAUGCAAUUUUUAUUUUUGUUUUUAAUAUUUAAAUGCAUAUUACAAUAAAUGUUGUGAAAGCAGUUAA